UACAAACUGCGCCGCUCAGUACUCUAAAAACCGAUGAUGCACGUUCACAAAGUCUAUCAUCGUAGCCUGUCUCUCCUUGCUCUCUCCGUCUCUGCUCGCUCCCCUCCCUUUUCCCCUUCAUCUCUCUCCCUCUCUCCUCCCGCAUUCCUCGCUCUCCGUCCCUUCAGAAACGCCUUUUCUUCCCUCAAAACCGCCUCCACCAUGACCGCCUCUCGAUUCACCAAUCUCGUCCCCAUCAACGCUUUGGCCGGUGAAGACAACGGCGCCGUAUCUUCUUCUUCUUCUUCUUCCAAUACUGCUCCCAAUGGAAAUGAAGACGAGUCGACACUGGGAGUUGGAUAUUGUCUUCCUCCACCGGAGAUCAAGGACAUCGUGGAUGCUCCUCCGCUUCCUGCAUUGUCAUUCUCGCCACACAGGGAUACGAUACUGUUUCUUAAGCGGAGAGCUUUACCUCCGUUGGCAGAACUAGCAAGACAGGAGGAAAAGUUGGCUGGUAUUCGUAUUGAUGGAAGAUAUAAUACUAGGAGUCGGAUGUCAUUCUAUACGGGUAUUGGAAUUCAUCAGUUAAUGCCUGAUGGUACCCUAGGGCCAGAGAAAGAGGUACAUGGUUACCCCGAUGGUGCGAAGAUCAAUUUUGUUACGUGGUCACUUGAUGGUCAGCAUUUGGCAUUCAGCAUCCGAGUUGAUGACGAAGAAAACACUAGUAGUAAGCUUAGAGUAUGGGUUGCGGAUGUGGAGACUGGGAAUGCUAGACCUUUGUUUCAAUCGCCCAAUAUCUAUCUAAAUGCGGUUUUUGACAAUUUUGUUUGGGUAAACAAUUCUACUCUGUUAGUUUCCACCAUCCCCUUAUCCCGUGGAGCCCCCCCAAGUAAACCUUUGGUUCCCACUGGCCCAAAGAUACAAUCCAAUGAGCAGAAAAACAUUAUUCAAGUUAGGACUUUCCAGGAUUUGCUUAAAGAUGAACAUGACGAAGAUUUGUUCGACUACUAUACAACUACACAACUUGUAUUGGCUUCUAUGGAUGGGACAGUGAAGGAAAUCGGCCCACCAGCUGUCUAUACAUCAAUGGACCCCUCCCCAGAUGGGAAGUACCUUUUGAUUAGUUCAAUUCACAGACCAUACUCUUUCAUUGUACCGUGCGGAAGAUUUCCUAAGAAGGUUGAUUUGUGGACAACUGAUGGGAAGUUUGUUAGGGAACUCUGUGAUUUGCCACUUGCUGAGGACAUUCCCAUUGUAUCCAAUAGUGUGCGAAAAGGGAUGCGCUCUAUCAAUUGGAGAGCAGAUAAGCCAUCAACACUCUACUGGGUAGAGACGCAAGAUGGAGGUGAUGCGAAAGUGGAAGUUUCGCCACGUGAUAUAGUUUAUACACAGCCUGCUGAGCCACUAGAACGUGAACAGCCAGCGAUCUUACACCAACUUGAUCUUCGUUAUGGAGGCAUUUCUUGGUGUGAUGAUUCGCUAGCUCUAGUUUAUGAGUCUUGGUACAAAACGCGGCGAGUGAGAACCUGGGUGGUUUCUCCUGGAUCUGAGGAUUCUAGUCCACGUAUUCUAUUUGAUAGAUCAUCAGAAGAUGUGUACUCGGAUCCUGGCUCUCCAAUGCUGCGGAGAACUCCCACCGGAACUUAUGUGAUUGCAAAGGUAAGUAAGGAAAAUGAUGAAAGCACAUAUAUUUUACUGAACGGAAGUGGUGCUACACCUGAAGGGAACAUUCCAUUCCUUGAUCUGUUUGACAUAAAUACAGGCAACAAAGAACGAAUAUGGCAAAGUGACAAAGAAAAGUAUUAUGAGACUGUUGUUGCUUUAAUGUCUGAUCUGAAAGAAGGGGAUUUGCGUCUUGAUCAGUUGAAAAUACUGACUUCCAAAGAGUCAAAAACUGAAAACACCCAGUACUACAUCCUGAUCUGGCCAGAUAAACAAGCAUGUCAAAUCACUAAUUUCCCUCAUCCCUAUCCACAACUCACAUCAUUGCAGAAAGAGAUGAUCAGGUAUCAGAGAAAGGAUGGGGUUCAACUUACUGCAACAUUAUAUCUGCCACCAGGCUAUGAUCCAUCAAAGGAUGGCCCUCUUCCAUGUCUGAUUUGGUCUUACCCUGGAGAAUUUAAAAGCAAAGAUGCUGCUGGACAAGUUCGUGGUUCUCCUAAUGAAUUUGCUGGCAUAGGUCCUACAUCACCCCUCCUUUGGCUGGCUAGAAGGCAUGAUUUAUCCCCAUUGUUUGCUUAUACUCUCUUUGGGUGUCUUUGGCUUGUCGUCAUUAUUCUCUUUCCCAUUGCUUCCAUUGAGUUUCUGGUUUGUUGUGAACAUGAUAUACCAAUUUCUGAUUGCUCAGAUAUGUACAGGUUUGCAAUUCUAUCAGGACCAACAAUUCCUAUUAUUGGCGAGGGCAAUGAGGAGUCAAAUGACAGGUAUGUAGAGCAGUUGGUUGCGAGUGCGGAGGCUGCAGUCCAGGAAGUUAUCCAACGUGGAGUGGCUCAUCCAAACAAAAUCUCUGUUGGGGGACAUUCCUAUGGUGCAUUCAUGACUGCAAAUCUCUUAGCACAUGCCCCCCAUCUUUUCUGUUGUGGAAUUGCUCGCUCCGGUGCUUACAACAGAACACUUACUCCUUUUGGUUUUCAGAAUGAAGACAGAACUCUUUGGGAGGCCACGACCACUUAUGUGGAGAUGAGUCCUUUCAUGUCAGCUAAUAAAAUUAAGAAGCCAAUAUUGCUCAUCCAUGGAGAAGAAGACAAUAAUCCUGGAACUUUAACGAUGCAGUCUGACCGUUUCUUCAACGCUCUGAAAGGUCACGGUGCCCUUUGUCGCCUAGUGAUUCUUCCAUUUGAGAGCCAUGGCUAUGCCUCACGGGAGAGUAUCAUGCAUGUCCUCUGGGAAACUGAUAGAUGGCUACAGAAAUUUUGUGUGUCAAAUAAUUCUGAUGUAAAUGCAGAUGUUGAUCCCACAUCCAAAGAUGAUUCAAGCAAAGGGGCUACUGAUUCCAAAAGUGAAGCAGCUGCUGCUAGUGGAGGUGGUGGCCCAGAGGCAUCACAUUUUGAAUGUGAAGAACUUCAUCCAAGGUCAUCAUUAUGGUAAUUUCUUGAAAUAUAUAUGGGUUCUUUGAACUAUGAGGUGUAGAUUACAUUGCCAAUCAUUGGCCACCGGGUGGUAAAGCUGGAGCAUGACUAUGGUGUACAAUUCGAAGUUGGACGGCUUGGAACAGUGCAGACGGACAUCAACUUCAUGUUUUUGAACUCUGCUUCCAAAGUCUAAUUCAUAAUUGAAACGCAAAAUGUCAUUUGAUCCAAGCUUUACGGCACCGAGAAAUAGUGAGUUGUCAAUAACUACCUUGUGGAUUAUGGGAUGUAUUUUCUGUAUUGGUUGUUCGUGCCCAUAAAAAGCUUUUUGCACUAAUUUAUUUGUUGUCCAAGUGCAUAAGAGCUCAUUAUUUCGCUCGAAGGUGUAAUUUGAAGGAUUUUCUAUCGGUUGUAGCAUUCAUCUGUGAAUUUAUUGUACUAGCUAGAUAUGGCAGAAUGAGCAAUAAUUUCAGUCUC